UAAAUUGGUAUGCUUAAAGAAAGAUGCAUUUACUUCUGCUAGUAUAAUUGAUUUAUAUCCAAAAGAUACAUUCAUAAGAUUUAGAAAUGAAUCAUGGAUGUCAGAAAUAUUUGAUAGAAUGUAAUGAGUUAAUAAACUAAAUUAUUCUACUGAUGAAUCAACUAGAGUAGCUAUUAAUGACAAUAUCAAGUCUAAUGAAGCAAAUAUAAAUAUUAGAUUAUCUUGAUGAACUAAUAGACCUAAAGCUAAUAAUGUUGAACAUCCAGGUGUGCCUAUGAUUAUU